GUUAUCACACCUUUAACUGACAGGUGUUACAGAACAUUAUUUGGUGCUCUUCAUCUUCAUCUGGGUGGAGCACCAGAAGGUCCAGCUGGUACUGGUAAAACAGAGACUACGAAGGAUUUAGCCAAGGCUGUGGCUAAACAAUGUGUUGUAUUUAACUGUUCCGACGGUCUCGAUUAUAUCGCUCUUGGAAAAUUCUUCAAGGGUUUAGCAUCAUGUGGAGCUUGGUCAUGUUUUGACGAGUUUAACCGAAUUGAUUUGGAGGUCUUGUCUGUGGUUGCUCAACAGAUUCUUACCAUUCAAAGAGGUAUUAGCUCGGGAGCGGACUCUCUACUGUUUGAAGGAACGGAAAUUCAUCUGGAUCCAACUUGUUCCGUAUUUAUCACCAUGAACCCUGGUUACGCUGGUCGAUCCGACCUUCCCGAUAAUCUCAAGGCGUUGUUUAGAACUGUGGCUAUGAUGGUGCCAGAUUAUGCUAUGAUUGCAGAAAUUUCACUUUAUUCUUGUGGUUUUGUGGAUGCUCGUCCUCUGUCUGUUAAAAUUGUGGCUGUGUACCGAUUGUGUUCCGAACAGCUGUCUUCACAACAUCAUUAUGAUUACGGUAUGAGGGCUGUCAAAUCUGUACUCACGGCUGCUGGAAAUCUCAAGUUGAAAUAUCCAGAAGAGAAUGAGAAUAUUUUGAUGUUACGUUCCAUCAUUGAUGUCAAUUUACCCAAAUUCUUGAAUCACGACUUGCCUCUAUUCCACGGUAUUACCUCCGAUUUAUUCCCGGGAAUCAAGCUACCAGAACCUGAUUAUCGUACAUUAAAUGAAGCCAUCCGUGAGAAUUGUACGAAGAUGAAUCUACAAUGUACAGACUUCUUCUUGGAGAAGAUACAACAGAUCUAUGAGAUGAUGAUUGUACGUCACGGUUACAUGAUAGUAGGUGAACCGUAUGGUGGUAAAACAGCUGCUUAUCGAGUUCUAGCUGGAGCUCUUAAUGACAUCCACGAGAAGGGAUUAAUGGAAGAGAAUAAAGUACAGAUAACAAUUAUCAAUCCUAAAGCUAUCACGAUGGGUCAACUUUACGGACAGUUUGAUCCUGUAUCUCAUGAAUGGUCUGAUGGUAUCCUUGCUGUAUCUUAUCGAGCUUUCGCUAGCUCUACUACUCCCGAUCGUAAAUGGCUGAUAUUUGAUGGACCUGUAGAUGCCGUCUGGAUUGAGAACAUGAACACAGUACUGGACGACAAUAAAAAACUAUGUUUGAUGAGUGGGGAGAUUAUCCAGUUAGCUAAUACAACUAAUUUGAUGUUUGAACCAAUGGAUUUAGAAGUUGCCUCACCUGCCACUGUGUCCCGAUGUGGUAUGAUAUACAUGGAGCCUGCGUCGUUAGGCUGGAGACCAUUAGUUAAAUCGUGGUUGAACGUUUUACCAUCAACGUUUACAGAGACGUACAAAGCUAUAAUUAACGACAUGUUUGAAAGGUUCGCUGAUCCAAUGUUACGUGUCAUCAGAAAAGCUGGGGUCAAGGAAUUAUCACCAACCAAUGAUUCUAAUUUAAUCAACUCACUGAUGAACCUGAUGGAUUGUUUGUUUGACGAGUUCAAUGAUGAGGCUAAGAUCACGCAGAUGGAAGAAAGGGAGAUAAUAACCUGGCUUGAGAGUAUCUUUUUCUUCGCUAUAACUUGGUCCGUUGGCGCCAGUUCAGAUGAUACUGGUCGUGUUAAAUUUGAUAAAGUUUUACGAGAACUCAUUUCAGGUGGCAUGACAGAAGAAACAAGAAAAAUGUUAGUUAUCCCAGAUCUCGUGGAACCUCCGAUGAAACCCUACCUCAAUCCAUUCCCACCAAAAGGAAAAGUUUAUGAUUAUAAAUUUGUUAAAGAGGGUGCUGGAAAGUGGGUACCAUUUGCUGAAGAAAUCAAAGACAGUCCACCUAUACCUAAAGAUGCGAUGUUUAAUGAAAUCAUUGUACCAACGAUAGAUACGGUCCGUUAUACAUACCUGAUGAGUCUCCUGAUUCUACAUCAAAAACCAAGUUUAUUCGUUGGUCCGACCGGUACAGGAAAAUCAUGUUACAUUAUUGAAUUUUUAUUGAACAAGUUAACAAAGGAUGUCUACAAACCAAACAUCAUCAAUUUCUCUGCCCAAACGAGCGCCAAUCAGACUCAGAAUAUUAUCAUGUCUAAGUUAGAUAAAAGAAGAAAGGGUGUAUUCGGUCCACCACUUGGUAAAAAAGCUGUUGUAUUUGUUGAUGAUUUAAAUAUGCCGAUCCGAGAAACAUACGGAGCUCAACCUCCGAUAGAAUUAAUCCGUCAAUGGUUAGAUCAUUGGAACUGGUACGAUCUUAAAGAUACAACACCAAUAAAACUUAUUGAUAUACAGUUCAUGGGAGCCAUGGGACCGCCAGGUGGUGGUCGUAAUCCUGUUACACCUCGGUUUUUACGUCACAUGAAUACUGUUACUAUAAAUGAAUUUGAUGAUGAUACGAUGAUUACCAUAUUUAGACGUAUUAUGGACUGGCAUAUCUCUGCUAAAGGAUUCAGUAACGAGUUUAAACCGUGUAUUGAUCAAGUCGUCAAUGCUACGUUACAAGUUUAUAAAGGGGCCAUGGAGAAUCUGCUGCCUACUCCCGCUAAAUCACAUUAUCUCUUCAAUCUACGAGAUUUUAGUCGUGUUAUUCAGGGGGUACUACUCUCAACACCUGACACAAUGGAAGAACCAGGCUCCAUGAAACGACUCUGGAUUCACGAGGUAUAUCGAGUAUUCUAUGACAGAUUGGUCGAUAGUUCCGAUCAUAAAUGGUUUUUUACCCACAUUCGUGAAGUGACGAAAACAAAACUCAAAGAAGAUUUUGAUCAACUUUUGAUCAACCUGGAUUCGGAUAAUGAUGGAAAACUGAUCGAGGAUGACAUCCGUAGCUUAAUUUUCUGUGAUUUUUCGGAUCCUAAAUCGGACAAGAAAGAUUAUCUUGAGGUUCGAGAUUUGGAGGAACUACGUCAUGUGGUGGAAGGAUAUCUGGAUGAAUUUAACAACCUGAGUAAAAAGCCCAUGAACCUUGUUCUGUUCAGAUUUGCUAUAGAACAUGUAUCAAGAAUAGCUCGUAUAUUAAAACAACCAAGAAGUCAUGCCCUGUUGGUCGGUGUUGGAGGUUCGGGACGUCAAUCAUUAACAAGACUUGCUGCCCAUAUGGCAGACUACGAUCUGUUCCAGGUUGAAAUUACGAAGAGUUACACAUCCUAUGAAUGGAGAGAAGAUUUGAAGAGAAUUCUACGAAAAUCGACAGAAACAGAUAAUCAUGCUGUAUUCCUCUUCUCUGAUACACAGAUAAAACAAGAAUCAUUUUUAGAAGAUAUUAAUAAUUUACUGAAUGCUGGUGAAGUUCCCAAUCUUUAUCCACUCGAUGAAAAACAAGAAAUCUGUGAAAAGAUGAGACAAAUUGAUAGACAACGAGAUAAGACAAAGCAGACGGAUGGAUCCCCCGUAUCUUUAUUUAACUUCUUUAUCCAGAGAGUACGAGACCAACUUCACGUCGUACUCGCUAUGAGUCCGAUCGGUGAUUCUUUCCGUAAUCGUCUCCGUAAAUUUCCGUCACUUGUCAACUGUUGUACUAUUGAUUGGUUUCAGUCAUGGCCUGAAGAUGCCCUGCAGGCUGUAGCUGUCCGAUUCCUGGAAGAGAUUGAGAUGUCAGAAGAAGAAAAGACUGGAUGUACAAGUAUGUGUAUCGAGUUCCACACGUCAACGAGAGAUUUAUCAGAGCGAUUCCUUUUAGAGUUGGAACGUCAUAAUUACGUCACGCCAACAUCGUACCUGGAAUUAAUCAACACUUUUAAAACUUUACUCGAUAAAAAGAGAGGAGAGGUUAUGAAACAGAAGAAUAGGUAUGAAGUAGGUUUAGAGAAACUGGACUCAGCAGCGUCACAAGUUGCUGUCAUGCAGAAAGAAUUAACAGAUCUUCAGCCCCAACUGGUGGAAGCGUCUAAAGAAGUUGCGGAGAUUAUGGUGACAGUAGAACGAGAAUCAAUAGAAGUCGCAAAAGUUGAAAAGGUUGUAAAAGCGGAUGAAGCCGUAGCCAAUGAACAAGCUAAAGCUGCUCAAGCUAUUAAAGAUGAGUGUGAUCGAGAACUAGGGGAAGCUAUUCCAGCUUUAAAUGCUGCUAUAUCUGCCCUGAACACCCUCACACCACAGGAUAUUACUCUGGUAAAGAGUAUGAAAUCACCGCCUGCCGGUGUUCGUCUCGUCAUGGAAGCCAUCUGUGUAUUGAAGGGAGUCAAAGCUGAAAAGGUUCCUGAUCCAUCUGGUUCCGGUAAAAAGAUUGAAGAUUUCUGGGGACCAUCGAAAAAAUUACUCGGAGAUAUGAAAUUCUUAGAAUCAUUGUACAACUUUGAUAAGGAUACUAUUCCUGUUUCUAUCAUGAAAGUGAUUCGUACGAAAUACAUGACCAAUCCCGAUUUUGAUCCUGAGAAAGUGAAAGUAGCAUCAACAGCCUGUGAAGGUUUAUGUCGUUGGGCCAGAGCUAUGGAUGUCUAUGACAGAGUUGCUAAAGUUGUUGCCCCUAAAAAGGAAUCUUUGAAAAAGGCUCAGGAUGAAUUGAAUGUUGCCAUGGCAUCCCUGGAGAAGAAACGAGCUUCGUUAAAGGAAGUACAAGAUAAACUAUCCAAGUUAGAAGAGAGGCUGGCCGCCAAUAAACAGAAAAAAGUUGACUUGGAGAAUGAGGUUGAUUUGUGUUCCAAGAAAUUAGAACGAGCUGAACAGCUAAUUGGUGGAUUGGGUGGUGAACGUGACAGGUGGAGUAUAGCAGCCCGUGAUUUAGGUAAACGUUACAUCAAUUUAACGGGAGAUGUUUUGAUAUCUUCUGGUAUUGUAGCGUAUCUAGGAGCAUUCACGUCAGCAUUUAGACUGGAUCAAUCAAAAGCAUGGAUUGAUGGUAUCAAUAAAAGAGGUAUUCCUUGUUCCGAUGAUUUCUCCCUCAUCUCAACCCUCGGUGAACCUGUUAAGAUACGAGCAUGGAAUAUUGCUGGUUUACCAACAGACAAUUUCUCUAUAGAAAACGGAAUCAUAAUCAGUAACGGUCGUCGAUGGCCAUUGAUGAUUGAUCCACAAGGUCAGGCCAAUAAAUGGGUGAAGAAUAUGGAGAAAGCUAACAAUCUACAUGUCAUUAAACUCAGUGAUGCCGAUUUCGUUAGAACCUUAGAAAACUGUAUCCAGUUCGGAACUCCUGUAUUGCUAGAAAAUAUACAAGAAGAAUUAGAUCCGUUAUUAGAGCCGUUAUUACUAAAACAGACGUUUAAACAGGGUGGUAGCAUCUGUAUAAAACUCGGUGACAGCACCAUUGAAUAUUCUCAAGAUUUUAAAUUUUACAUCACAACUAAACUGCGUAAUCCACAUUAUCUACCAGAAACAUCAGUCAAGGUUACGUUGUUGAAUUUUAUGAUAACCCCAGAAGGCUUAGAAGAUCAGUUGCUAGGUAUCGUGGUUGCUAAGGAACGACCAGAAUUAGAGGAAGAGAAAAACCAGCUGAUUAUACAGAGUGCUGAAAAUAAACGACAACUCCAGGAAAUUGAAGAUAAGAUCUUAGAAGUCUUGUCAAGUUCAGAGGGAAAUAUUCUAGAAGAUGAAACGGCCAUUAAAGUUUUAUCCUCCUCUAAAAAACUGGCCAAUGAAAUCUCAGAGAAACAAGCCAUCGCCGAUGAGACGGAGAAAAAGAUUGACACUGCUCGUCUUGGAUACAAACCAAUCGCAAUCCACAGCACCAUUUUGUUCUUCUCGAUUGCCGAUCUCGCCAACAUCGAGCCCAUGUACCAAUAUUCACUUACAUGGUUCAUUAACCUAUUCGUCAUGUCGAUAGAGAACGCAGAAAGAUCCGAUGAUCUAACACAACGAUUGAGCAAUUUACACAACCAUUUCACAUAUUCGUUAUAUUGUAACGUUUGUCGAUCACUGUUUGAAAAGGAUAAGUUAUUGUUCUCGUUCCUGCUCUGCGUUAAUAUCUUGAAACAUAACAAAGAGGUUGAUGAAGAUGAAUGGAGAUUCUUACUAACAGGUGGAAUCGGUCUCGAGAAUCCCCAUAGCAACCCAACAACCUGGCUUCCCAGUAAAUCAUGGGACGAACUUUGUCGUCUUGAUGAUUUUCACAGAUUUAAAGAUAUACGUAAAAAGUUUGUCGGUCAUAAAGAUGCAUGGAAAGUUAUUUAUGAUAGUCCAGACCCUCACCAUGGAACACUUCCAGGUGAAUGGAACGAUCGUUUAGGAAUGUUUCAGAAGAUGUUAGUUCUAAGAUGUCUCAGACCAGAUAAGGUAAUUCCUGCUGUUCAGGAAUUCGUUACGGAGAAAAUCGGUAAGAAAUUUAUCGAGCCCCCACCAUUUGAUUUAGCGGGAUCGUAUUCGGACAGUAAUUGUACGGCACCGUUAUUGUUCAUCCUGUCUCCUGGAGCUGAUCCAAUGGCUGCUUUAUUAAAGUUUGCUGAUGACCAAGGUUUUGGAGGAGCGAAGUUCGAUUCUCUAUCAUUAGGUCAAGGUCAAGGACCUAUUGCGCUAAAGAUGAUUGAGAAGGGGGUGAAGGAAGGGACAUGGGUAAUGUUACAGAACUGUCAUCUUGCUGCGUCCUGGAUGCCAACAUUAGAGAAGAUUUGUGAGGAGUUUAAUCCUGAGGCGACUCAUCCCGAUUUCCGACUCUGGUUAACCAGUUACCCGUCAACAACCUUCCCAGUAUCCAUUUUACAAAAUGGUGUUAAAAUGACCAACGAACCACCAAAGGGUCUACGAUUCAACAUCAUCAAAUCCUACAUGUCCGAUCCCAUUUCUGACAUGGAAUUCUUUACUGGCGUGAAGAAAGCAAGAGAAUUUAAAAAGAUGUUGUAUGGCUUGUGUUUCUUCCAUGCGUUGGUUCAGGAACGACGUAAAUUUGGUCCACUGGGAUGGAAUAUACCGUACGAGUUUAACGAAACUGACUUGCGUAUCAGUACACAACAGUUAGCGAUGUUUUUAAACCAAUACGAAACGGUUCAGUACGAUGCGUUGAGAUAUUUGACGGGAGAAUGUAAUUACGGAGGAAGAGUAACGGAUGAUUGGGAUAGACGAACUUUGUUAACCAUAUUGAAUAAAUUUUACUGUAAAGAAAUCAACGAGAAAGAUGACUACUACUUUGAUGAUUCUAAAGUUUAUUACGCUCCACCAGAUGGCGAUUAUGACAGCUAUAUCCAGUAUACCCACAGCUUGCCUAUUAAUCCGUUACCAGGGAUAUUUGGCAUGCAUGCCAACGCUGAUAUUAAAAAAGAUCAGGCAGAAACGAAUCAGCUGUUUGAUAAUAUCUUACUCACACAGGCUAAAGCAUCUGCUGAAGGUGGUAAAUCAACAGAUGACGUAGUUGAUGAAGUCGCAGCAGACAUCCUUAGUAAACUGCCGCCUAAUUUUGAUAAUGAGGCAGCGUUGAGGAAAUACCCAACGUCAUAUAAACAGAGUAUGAAUACGGUGUUAGUACAAGAAAUGACCAGAUUUAAUCGUCUGCUGGAAAUAGUCCGUUCCAGUCUUGCUAAUAUCCGUAAAGCUAUUAAAGGUCUGGUUGUUAUGUCUGCAGAGUUAGAAGAAGUAGUAUUAAGCAUCUUGAAGGGUAAAAUCCCCGCUAUGUGGAUGAAACGAUCGUACCCUUCGUUAAAACCUCUUGGUAGUUACGUUACAGAUUUCUUGGCACGUUUAAAAUUCUUACAGGAUUGGUAUGAUAACGGUCCGCCACCAACUUUCUGGUUAUCAGGAUUUUUCUUCACACAAGCUUUCUUGACCGGAGCGCAACAGAAUUACGCCCGGAAAUACACGAUCCCUAUUGAUUUACUCGGAUUUGAUUACGAGGUACUAGAAGAUAAAGAAUAUACCGAACCACCCGAAGAUGGUGUUUAUAUUUAUGGAUUAUUUUUGGAAGCUGCACGCUGGGAUAGAAAAACCAAAAAACUUAAUGAAUCCCUUCCCAAAGUUCUCUUUGACACAAUGCCAGUGAUGUGGAUUAAACCAAUCAAAAGGUCUGACUUAAAGGAAACAUCAGCCUAUCGAUGUCCAGUUUACAAAACUAGCGAAAGAAGAGGAACAUUGUCGACAACAGGUCACUCAACAAAUUUCGUCAUCGGGAUGAUGAUUCCGUCUGACAAACCACAAGAACAUUGGGUUGGUCGCGGUAUGGCCCUGUUGUGUCAACUGGAUAAUUAAGUCAUUUAAAUUCAUGAACAUUCAUCAUCGUCACCCUGUAAUAUGGAUUAUUAAUUUAUAUCAGUUAUUUAUUUUCCAAAUUUCCAACUUAAGUUAUUUUUAUUCAAACAUUCCAAUCAAAUUAUACGUUCAUGUUCUAACUGCAAUCAGAUCUCAAACCGUCCAACCAUUAUAGUGUUUAAAGAAUUAAUGAAUAUUACCAUGGUCAUAUAAUAGCUUCCGUCCAAUUGACUAAAGAUCCGAGCAUUAUAUUAUAAAAGUAUUAGAUUAUUUUGUUGAGAGAAUUCAUAUUCCCAGCUUCUGUCCUAUUGAAUAGAGACAUGCACGUUGUAUCAUAAAGUCUGGCGUGGUUUCGAUUCCCAGGUUUUAGGAUCGCCUGUGGGUUUUCUCUGUUUCCUCUGGUUUCCUCCCACUGCAAGCGAAUUAUUGGAAUAAAAUUGAACCAUGUGUUAGUCCCGAAAAGACCAAGUUUGUGUCGAGUGGACAUUAAACCCCAUCUCUCUCUCUCUCUAUCUCUAAUGAAUCGAGAUUAUCCAUCCAAUUUGAAACUAGCAUUAUAUAAAAGUAUUAGAUAUAACAGCUCAGUCCUAUUGAAUAAAGAUCCGUCCAAUUUUUAAUUCGAUAUAAUUUUACACUAGCAUUAUAUAAAAGUAUUAGAUUAUUUUGUUGAAAGAAUUAGGUUAUCAGCAUUAUUACUUUUAAAACAUUCAAUCAAAAAAUAUGUUGUUUUUUUUCAAGUUGCAGGGUUUUUUUUGUUUGUAUAUAUAUAUAAGAGAUAUAAUUUGUAAAUAGAAUUCUAUAUAUUUUGACCAGCUGUGAUAUCACUUGUUUUUAAUAUGUAACCUUUAUGUAACUGUUAAUACCCACUCCUGCUUAAUAUUAUGGUGAUAUCGUAGACAAGCCCUACCCCACCCCACCCUAGAUAUUUUAAUAAAGUGCCCAAAAGCUAUGAUUAAUUAAUACAGAUUUGAAAGGGUGGUGGUGCUUUGAAGUUUUUUGUGAUAAUUUGUAAUGCUGUAAUAUAUAAUACCAUAAAACCUUUAUAACUACAAUCUAAUUCAUGAUAUAAGCUUACUGAAACAACCCCGAUAUGCUAUAGACAAUUGCUGUAUAAUACAUGAUAUACUGAAACAACCCUGAUUAUUUAUAUAUUUAUAAUUAUUUAUAUAUAAUACCAUGGUAUAUAGACAAUAAACCCUGUUGUUUAUUUAUAAUACCAUGGUAUAUAGACAAUAAACCCUGUUGUUUAUAUAUAUAAUACCAUGGUAUAUAGACAAUAAACCCCGGACUAUUGCUUAUGUCUAGUGUAUAAAUAUUAAGUGCUGCUGAUUAUAUAUCCAUGUAGAAUUUUGAUUGUUUUAGAAUGAUAUAAUAUGACAAUAAAUUAAUAUUAUUCAUA